AUGAGCCUGGUGGAGGAAGUUAAAGCCUUGAGGCUAAAAAUCACUGAGAAGGAUAAGCGGAUUAACUUGCUGGAGAACCGGGUGGCCGAUCUGGAGCAAUAUACCAGAAUGAACGACAUCAUAAUCACCGGCUUGGAAGUGAAACCUCGUUCAUAUGCACGGGCAGUGGCGAUGCGGAACGGAGAGGAGCCAAGUGAGGAGGACGCGGCAUCAGUGGAGCAACAGGUGGCGGCGUUUCUCCGCUCAAAGGGAAUUGAUGAAAGCGACAGAAGAGAGCAGACAGACAGCAGGGGCGCUGCAGAGACCGAAGCCUCUCUGCUGAGACUGAGAGACCUCUUCCCCAUGACACAGUCGGGGUCAGAGGUCACAGACAGCCUCAACACUCUCAGGUCAAAGGUCAGGCUCAGAAAGAGUCCUAAAGAAGUGUCUCCACCCACUGAUUUUGAGCUGAUGUCCAGCAUGAUGCAGAAACUCACUCAGUUAGAGAGGAAGGUGACGUCACAGGCACAGGACAUCGACAAGAAGACGAGAAGAAUCGCAGCUCUGGAGGAGAAACUGAAGCGACUCCACGAGAAAACUCAGAGGGAGAAGCAGGAUGAAGAGGAUCUGAACAGGAAGUGUCUCAGGCUGCAGAAGCAGGUGUGGGAGAUGGAGAAGUUUCUGAAUGAUUACGGGAUGAUCUGGGUGGGAGACGACGAGGACGAGGACGAUGAAGCUGAAACUGAACCACCAGGGCGGAGUCUUCCUCUGUUCUCAGGAGCAUCGUCAGUCAGAAGCUUCUCUGUGAACUUUGACCUGGUGCUCCAGAACAUUCGGGAUCUGAACGUUCUGGCAGGAGAAGGAGGAACUCGCAUCACCUUCGUUCCUGGAGGAGCCAAACUCACACCGCAGCCAGCUGUUGACCUGCAGCUCUACAGAAACGGCAUGGUCAUGGUUCACGGCCCCUUCAGAGCCUACACAGAACCACAAACACAGAGAUUCCUUCAGGACCUGAUGGAUGGAUUUUUUCCCUCAGAGCUGCAGGACAGGUUUCCUCAUGGUGUUCUCUUUCAGGUGGAUGACAGGCGGGGGGAGGAGUUCAGGGAGGAGUUUCCUGGGAAAGGUCACACGGUUGGAGGGUCAGAACAGGAAGUGAUGCGUUACAGAGAGGAAGCGAGUGAAUCACAGCUCAGGCUGAACCCCAGCCACAGGAAAUUGUCGAUGCAGCAGUUCCUGAAUAAACUCCCGGAGUGUGUGGUGAAAGGAGGAAAUGUGAUCGGCAUUCGCUCGUCACUCAAACACCAUCUGCAGGGUUGUGGCGGUGCUGAGAGUUGUGUACAGAGUGUAAUAGAAACUCCUGCGUUACAGACUCUGAGAGAAAGAGCGGAGGGUGAUGACGUGUCUGAGAUCUCCAGCCUGAGAGUGAAAUCUGAGGACGGAGAGAAGACGUUUAUUCUGAAAAUGUUCUUCUCUGAGACUAUUGGGCAUUUACGCCAAUACCUGGACGCUCACAGAGGCUCUGGAGGACCUCCGUAUGACAUCAUCAGCGCGUUUCCGCAUCUCUGUUACCAUAGCAAUGACCACCCAACGCUUCUAGAGUCCGGGCUGACACCCAACGCUGCCUUGUUGUUGAGGCUCCGCCCACCAGUGACAUCAUAG